AUGUCGAGCUCAAGCGCCAGUGACACGUUCUACCAAGACCUCAAAAUCGGCUUAGAAAUCCUCGUAUUCGAACGCCUCCCGAAACACUUCAAAAGGCACCACUACCUCUGCUUCUACCCUCGCAGCCCAAGCGCCGAUUACAUCUCCGGAUGGGGCUGCUGGUGCGAAAAGGUCGAAACACAUCCCCACGACUACAAAUUCUGUAAAGAUAAAGCACGAAGAGGUCUUUUCCCAGACAUCAUUAAACCUGGUGCCUACAUUGAAAAAUGUGGACAUCACACUUCUGAGGAACGUGGAAGAUAUUCCCACCGAUUCUUUUGCUUCAAACCUACCGAUUCCGUGUCGAUCUUGAUAGAUUGGCUUUUGAACUCGAGGGCCAGUCCAUCUGACUGGAAAGAUGUCAACGAGGAGCAAAGGGAUGUCAUACGGCGGAACUUGCGCGAAUACGCGAAAGAAUGGUGUAUCCUACCCCUGGAACGAAGAUCUGAAAAAAUUAAUGUGCUGUGCGGAUUGGCGAGUCUACGAAACGUGGGCAUCCCAAAGCAGGCGCGACAGUCUAAUGUCUCGUGGGAGGCGGAGAGAUUGCUGAACAUACUGGGUUGGAGAGACAGGGAUUUUAAAAAAUGGGCUGAGGAUAUUCGCUGGGCCAUGGGACAGGGUGCCGACAUUAGGUUUGAGAGGGAGGAGGAGCUAAGGAGGAGGGAUAGGUUUAAAACGGGGGACAGGUCAAGUAAGGAGAAAGAUUUGAUGAUGAGAGAGGAGAAGACACCGACCGACAAUUUUCGAGGCCAACGAUCUGGACGAGAAGGGGAAAGGCGGGGGCGCAGUCCUCCAAGAGAACAAUACGGAUUAAGGGAAGAGCCGACGCAAUAUCCUCCUACUUCUUCAAGAGGGAAAUCUAGAAGAGGAGAUGAGAGGCAGUGGCAGGAUCUUCCAGACGAACGAUACUACGAGGGAGAUGAGAGGCAGCGGCAAGAUCCUCCAAGGGAGACGCCGAGGCACAAUCUUCCAAAAGAACAACCUAGAAGAGCAAGGGACAAGUCCAGUCGUCCAAAAGAACAAUCUGGAGGAGGAUAUAAGAGCCGGCAUUCCAGUCCUUUAAGGGGAGUAUAUGAGACCGUAUUGGACAAUCUUCCGGAGGGACAAUUUAUGGAGCGGGUGACCGGUUUUUGGACAGACGAAUAUGAGAGGCGGUUAACCAAUCGUCCAAGAGGAGAAUUUAUGGGGCGUGUGGCCGAUUUUGUAACAAACGAAUAUGAGAUUCAGUUAGACGAUCUAACAGAAGAAUGUGAGAGGGGCUUAGCCGACGCCUUAAGAAGAUAUGGAGGCGGGGGGUCCAGUUCUUCAAGAAGACGACAUGAAAGACGAUAA